ACCGGGUGCUGAAGCUGAAGUACUGAACGAUCAACAGAGUAUGGUAGCCUGCAUGUUGAGAGCACGCACAGUCGGUCAUUCUGUGCGACCGCUUUCUCUUCCUACCUCCCUACGGUUGCGAAGAGGUCUUCUGUCACAAAACAACGGAAAGGAAUCUCCGCCGCCGCCUCCACCGCAAGACGGGCCUCACUCUUCCAUGUUCAUACAGGAUCAGUUAUCCUACUCUGCCGUAUUUGCUCUUGGUUUCUUCAAGCGGUUUGCUAAGCUCUCCAUACUUGGUAUCUUCACUCUUGGAUUGACUGGUAUAGCCGCAUUCGAGGGUGCUCACAUAUGGGUUGAGAACGUUGAGCUCGCGACGGAUAAUGAUACCGAGACCAAGCGCUGGGAAUGGGACUGUGAUGCUGAAAAGUGGGCUGGAGGCGACGCCGGAGGCACGGAUCCUGCUCUUGGAUUCAAAGGCAGACAUGCUGUCAGGGCCGCAUGGAUGUCAGAAAACUGGGGCAGCGGUUCUCGCACUGGCGUCAUCAAACAUACUGACUCACUGAGUCCUGGCAGACUCAAUAUUAUCGAGGCCCGCUUAGGGUAUGCGGAAGAGUUUUUGACACUUGCUCUCGAGAUUGCAGGGGACGUGAUUCCGACAGGAAAAAUGCAUCCACGAACCCUCGCUGAGCUGACUACGCGUCAUGCUGAUGUGCUAGAACGUAUGGGGACGAGGGAUGCCAUUUUCGAUGCCCGCUCUGAUUAUGAAAACCUCUGGUUCGGUCUCUCCAGGGAAGGGGCUAAAAAUUUCCGGGUCGCGUUGAAACUCGGGGACCUCAAUUUCCGACUCGGAGAGAACAAAGAUGCGCUAGAGUGGUGGACGCGGACAAUUAACAUGACGCAGGGAACCCAACAACUCGAAGGCUCUGCGCUGCCUGCUGUUUCACAGACUCUCCCUUCAUCUCCGUCAGCGCAACGCACCCUUGUGUCUACACUGGUUUCGCUCUCCGGCUAUUAUUCCACAUCCCAUCAUUUGAAAGAGGCACAGAAAAUACAGGAGGCUGCCCUUUCUCUGCUGCGAUCUACUCCUAUCCCUUCUAGCGCGUCGCCGACAACACCUCCCCACCUUUUGCACUUGUUAUACAUGCUACAUCGGUCCUCACUCAUAUCCAUCCAUCUUGCUGAAGUCCUCUAUGCCUCCCACUCGUCUCGGGAGUCGUCUCUAAGUUAUUUGUCCGAAGCAGCGAAAUCUGCCGAGAGGGUUGUGUUAGGCCUCUCUGGGAAGGCGGCGCGAAGUUCCAGUCAGGGCACAGUCAACUCAGAAAUACCGCCGCACGGAAUAUCUCUGUUACCGGCUUUCACGAAAUCUAAUGUCAUGCGUAGGCCGGCCAAGGCACUGCUGCGUGACGCUCGACGCACUGCGACGGAGGCAUGGAAUUUGAUGGGGAUUCUCAGUGAGGGGGACGACGUCAGCGACAUGCGGAAAGCACUCGACUGCUACGAGCGUGCAAUGGCAUGGGCCGGUGUUUCUGCAGCCACGCUGGAGGGGUCUCAGGGAUCGGAAGAAAGCAUGCCAGAGGCAGAGUGGAGGAAACUUUGGGGCAAUUACGUGCGGGCCCGCGACGCUGUGAGCGAGCAAGGAAGAAAUGUCCAAAGUAAUUGAUCAUUCGUGGUGUCGACACCCGCCUCAUUCUCAGAUGUGAUUCCGCAGCCUCUGACUGUAGUUGCAAUCCAAUCCAGCAUCAUAUGGUAUACAGCCUG